UUUGGCUUGUGUUUUCACUUUUUUUUGGUUUAUUAAACUUUUACUGGAGUCGUGAAGCUUUCGUCAAUCUAAAAAUAUAAAUGUUUAUUUAUGAAAAUUGUGAAUUCGCUAACAACUUUCAUUCUAAUUUAUCGUCAUCAUCAUUAACAACUACAACAGUUUUAGAAACACCAACAAUACAGGCAAGAUUUGUUACCUUUGCCUACUUGCCAACUGGAUCAAGUCUUUUUUUUUCCUUCCUUUUACAUUUCUCAGCAAAUCGUAGAAAUUGAUAAAGAUCUAAUUAAUGAUCGUUUUUGAUUGUUUGUGUUUAUCUUAUUUUCCUAAUUUUAUCACCAACUCAAGUAGUUUGACGAGUAUAAAAAGUUGAGUUAAUCUCACAUCUUUACAAUUAUGUCUCAUCUCAUAUAUUCAAAUGGUAAUUCGGUACAACUACCUGAUCCAAGGUGGACUGGUCAACGGCACCUCGGUGAACACAGUGUUAAAUUGAUUAAAGAAAUGGAUCAUUUGACGUCUAUAAUUGAAGAAAUAUUACGAAGAAGUGACUGCCCCCAUUUAACAGUUCAUAUCGAGACACUUAGAGAAGGUGGUCAUGAGAUAGCUUGCUGGGCGCCAGAAUAUGAUUUUGGUGAUAUUCAUGCUAAUGGAUAUUGGUCACUAUUAACAAUUGGACUCAAGUUAUGUAAUCUUGUUGUAGAUCGCUAUCAAAAUGACCCAAAUCCCAUUAUUGAUAAUGAUCUUAAAAAUCUACUUGAUUUUGCCAACAUUGCUAUUGAUGUGGUGAGACUUCUUCGCAAAGACUCUAUAGAUUUCGCAGCUUCUCAGGAAAACACGGAACCAAGUUUACAAGCAUCUUCUUUAAAGUAUUUCGUCGACUUGUUUGGGUUACUGUUGAGUAUUGAGAAGGAAAAGAUUGCUCCCGCCUUUGGACAAUUUUGUGGUUUCUGGUUGAGUCCUCAAUCUCAAUAUGCUACAACCGUUUUCGUAACUGGACUAUCAUUAUUAAGUGCUCGUAUCACCGAUGGACUGAAAUGUAUUAUAAGCAGAAAUCAAAGAGGUUUAGUGUUUGCUGAGCUGGUCAAGAGAGCUGAUGUAUCUUUUGUAACCAAACUUCGAAACCUUUUGGAAAGCCCAUUUUAUAAAACGUAUCUUCCUAUUAUUUUGUAUGGACGAAGCCCCAAGACUCGGGUUGAUAUUUAUUUUAACCGACAAACAACCUGGAUAAUUAGUCCUAUUAAUAAAAAAGUUUUACGAUUCACUGAGAAUCAUGGCGGACCAACAGGAUGGAAACAGGAAAAAAUUCGAUGCAGAUUAUUUCAGAGUCACCCAUUAGGAAAAGGACACGAAAAUAAGCUAGUGAUCUAUUGUCAUGGAGGGGGAUUCACCAUGGGAUCACCUGAAUCUCAAGAAAUUUUUAUCCGUGAUUGGGCUAAUAAAUUAGAUGGAAUCCCAAUUUUGAGCGUGAAUUAUACUCUAGCUCCGGAAGCCAAGUUUCCAGUUGCCAUUCAAGAAAUUCUGGACGUUUACCUCUCCGUGACCAAUGAGAAAAAGUCUCCAUUGGAAACUUUUCUUGGUUAUAAGCCAACCCAAAUAACCUUAGUUGGUGAUUCAGCUGGUGGCAAUCUGUGUACCAGUUUGUGUAUGGUUUUGAACGAUAUAAGACUCAAAGAUGCAGACUUUCCUAUUCAGAUGCCCAAUUCGCUAAUCUCUUUCUAUGCACCGUUCAACAUAACGCUUCUUCUGUCUCCAUCGAUUACUUUGGCCUCUUGUGAUUCUCUUCUUUCUGCUGGCUUAAUGUUAUCCUGUUUUGAAGCUUAUUUACCAAUCACAGAUGAAACCAAUUCACAUAAUAACACUGAAUCAACCGUGGACAAUAAUGCUCUCAUUAGAUUACCCAAUUUGGUUGAGUUAGUGAAAAAUGUUCUCAAAUCGAUCAAAGAUAUAAAACUCUUCCAAACUGGACAAUGUGACCCAUGGUAUCGAGCAGAGAAGGCCAAGUUACAGGAAACUGUUGAAAAAUUAUACAAAAUUACGUCAAAUCCAUACAUUUCUCCAUUGUAUUAUCAAGACUUUGAAUCUCUUGCUUCAAUUAAUCUGCAUUUGAUUGCUCUUCAUUUUGAUCCAUUCCUAGAUGAUAAUGUUACGAUGGCCAAAAAGUGGAAGGGAAAGGUCACUUUGGAUGUUUUAGACGGUCUCCAACACGGUUUCCUCAAUUAUAUGCCUUUCAUUGAUGAAGGAAGGAAAGCGAACGAAUUAGCUGUGAGACGAAUCAAAGAAACUUUUAAAUGAUUUACAUUUUUUAAUUAGCACUAAUUGACUGAAAUCUGUUCCUUGUUUCCAGAUGACACUUUAAAGAGUUAAUACUUAUUCUUUUAGGUUAUUUAUAAAUUAGGAUCGGAUAGAAUUGUGAUGUUAACUUGGUUAAUUUUAAUCAUUUUAAAUUAUUCAAAUUUUUGUUUCCAUCUUUUCUUAAUCUCAAUCUUUUGAUUGUAUAACAUGGCUAAUUUAUAGCGUCAAUUUAUCUUUAUUUUUGUCUUUCAACCUGAAUUUUAAAUUAACAAACAAAUGAUCUGAAAAUGGCGUGUAAUUUAAAAUCUAAACUUUGUUAUUCUUAUUGAUUUUUGAAAGCUCAGAUUAGUUUUGAUGGUUAAUUCAGAACAAAAUGAGAUUUGCUUUUAUGAAUGGAGACUUUUACUCUGAAACUACGAAGUUACUUGUAUUUUAAAUUGUCAAUUUUUCGCAUUAAAUUCUGUUCAUGAAUAA